AUGGCCAUCUUAGAUCAAGGCGCUGGUUAUGGCGUGGUAUUAGGUUUUGGAGCUUUAUUUGCUGCUAUGAUGACAGGCAUUACCUAUCUCUGUCAACGCUACCUGAAAGAAGUUCAAACAUCUGAAAUGUACAUGACAGCACAACGUACCGUAAAAACAGGUCUUGUUGCAAGUGCCAUUGUCUCUUCAUGGACAUGGGCUGCCACUUUACUCACUAGCACUGAAGUCGCUUAUAAAUACGGUGUUUCUGGCCCCAUCUGGUACGCCUCUGGCGCUGUUGUGCAGGUGUUGUUGUUUGCCGUUCUCGCUAUCGAACUGAAAAAGAAGGCGCCCUCUGCUCAUACUUUCUUGGAAGUUGUGCUAGCCCGUUACGGAAAAGGUGCUCAUAUUGUCUAUCUUACUUUCUCCAUGAUUACCAAUAUUAUUGUCACUGCCAUGUUGCUGCUGGGCGGUAGUGCUGUUGUCAACUAUCUUACUGGUAUGCACACAAUUGCUGUAUGUUUCUUACUGCCUCUGGGUGUCAUUGUAUAUACUUUGUUUGGUGGUAUCAAGGCGACAUUCAUGUCUGAUUACUCCCAUACUGUAGUUAUCUUUAUUAUCAUCAUUUCAUUUGUUUUCACUGUCUAUGGUAGCUCUCCCAAAAUUGGAUCUAUUGGCACCAUGUAUGACCUUUUGGUAGCUGCUUCCGAUCGUAACCCUAUUGCUGACAAUGAGCAAGGUUCUCUUGUCACCAUGUCAUCCCUCCAAGCUCUCAUCUUUGGUAUUAUCAACAUUGUUGGUAACUUUGGCACAGUCUUUGUUGAUAAUGCUUACUGGCAAAGAGCCAUUGCUGCCCAUCCUCAAUACGCUGUCAAAGCCUAUCUUAUUGGCGGUUUAUCAUGGUUUGCUAUUCCAUUCACAUUGGCCACCACCAUGGGAUUAGCCGGCAGAGCCCUUGAUAUUGAUUUGACUCCCUUUGCUAUCAGCCAAGGGUUGGUUCUGCCUGAUGUUGCUGUUGCUCUUCUGGGCAAAGCUGGCGGAUUUGCCUGUCUUGUACUCGUAUUCAUGGCUGUCACUAGUGCUUCCUCUGCUGAAUUGAUUGCUGUUUCAUCUGUAUUGACAUAUGAUAUCUAUCGUACAUACAUCAGACCUGAAGCCAAGGGUAAAGAAGUCGUUCGCUUCUCUCAUAUUUGUGUCAUUGGCUUUGGUAUCUUGAUGGGUGUUCUCGCCGUUCUACUCAAUUUGACAGGUAUCAAUCUUGGCUAUCUUUACACCUUGAUGGGCGUCUUGAUUUCUUCUGCAGUCGUUCCAUUAACACUGACUUUGCUCUGGAGCAAGCAAUCCAAGUUGGCUGCCAUCGUGUCCCCCAUUUUUGGUUUCUGCGCUGCAGUGAGCACCUGGUUGGCUGUUACCAAGAGCAUGUAUGGCACCAUUACUAUCGAGACUACUUCUCAAAACAUGCCCAUGAUGUCUGGUAACCUCGUUGCAUUGAUCUCUCCCAUUUUUGUCACCGUCAUCAUCAGUCUCAUAAAGCCUGACAACUUUAAUUUCGAUGCUACCCGUCAAAUUGAGGUAGUGGAUGAUACUGAUGUUUCUACUCAAGUCGCUGGCGAUUUCCAUGAAGCAAACAAUGAAGUAUCUCCUCAUGCUAACGCUGCUGCUGCUGCUCACAAUGAAAAGAUGGUCAAUACUCAGGAAGAAAUUGAAUCUAUGAACAAAUCUUCCCGCUUCGCAAAAAUCUCCAGUCUAACGCUCUCUUUGAUCCUGUUUGUUCUUUGGCCCUUACCCAUGUUCUUCUCCAAGUAUGUCUUUUCCAAAUCUUUCUUUACUGGAUGGGUCGUUGUCUCUAUUAUUUGGGUGUUUAUAAGUACGUUUGCUGUUGGCAUCUAUCCUAUAUACGAGGCCCGUCAUACCAUUGCAAGCAUGGCAAGAGAAAUGUGGCGAGACAUCACUGGAAAGCGAGUGCCAAACUUACCCACUACCAAUGAAAAUGUCAUGAUCUCUGAAGAAAACAUUGUUGUGUACAAUGCUGAAAAGAAGGACACCAUGUAA